AUGCUGCUCUGUUCCUCUUUGCUCAGAGCUCCAGAGGUCCACUUAGGAUUGGCCUACGUGGAGGAGAUCGACAUGUGGGCGCUUGGUGUGUCUGUGGCUGAGCUGGCUAUUGGAACAGCCCUGUAUCCCGGAGAACAUCCCUAUGAUAUGAUAAAGUUCAUCGUGGAGACUCAGGGUCUGCCCCCAGACCACCUCCUCAGGUUGGGACCACACACCAACCACUGUUUUGAGAGACAGCGUAUCAACGGUCAGGACACUUGGACACUGAAGACUCCUGCACUGGUGAAGAUGGAGACGGGACACAAAUUCUCCGACACCAGACAGGUUGUGUUGACCUGUCUGGAGGACAUCAUGGAGAUGAUGGACACAAACACGACAGAGAAGGAGGGUCGUGAGUUUGUGGACCUUCUGAAACACAUGAUGAACCUCAACAGUGAACAGCGGAUCAGACCUGCCGACGUUCUUAAACAUCCCUUCCUGGAAGAGAACCAUCUGGAGAAGGAUGUGGAAGAGGACACUCUGGAGAAGAAUAUGAACCUGUUGUCUGGGCCGAUGAAACUCUGGACCUGA